CUUGCACAUGUUGAGUUUUUUUCUCUUCGCAAUACAAGGUACAUAUCUUUAAUCUUGUUAUUAUCUUUAUAACCUUUCUGCUGACUACCUCUUUGACUUUAUCAAUGAAAACGAUCUCUAGGAGUGAUUACAACACAGUAAGUUAAAUGUAAAAUGUAUGUUUGUUUUUAUAUAUGUUUUUCUUUGACUAUAACAUACAUUUUAAAUGUUAAGUGCAAGAAAUAAAAUGCCAAAGCAGUAUGAAAUUAGAAUUGAAAACACAAAAAAUGCAGAAUAUAAAUAAUUGUAUCAAGAUGUUCUCCACAACAAUAUGCAUUUCGGUUCUAAGAAUUUGGACUAGAAAUCUUUGUUUAAUGCCCUUAAUGAUUAAUGUUAGUUGGUAUGCUCAAAGUUGAAUAGUGGAAAUAGAGAAACUGUAUAUACAUUGUUUCCGAACUAUAACAAUAUAGGCCUCAUUGAGAACUUGUUAUUUGAAUGACUCGUUAUCUGGAUGAUAAUUUAUAUUCAUUUUUGUUCAUUUCAUUUUUCUUUAAUGUUGCAACCAAUGUGUUAAAUGCUUAGUGUACACUGUCUAUGUUGUGGGUUUUUCAAGUGGUAUCAGAUCAUAAGAGUGUAGUGUCUUCAUCAUCACGUAUAAGUGAAUAAAUUAUCCUUAAAAAUUGAAGCCCACUUAGUGUGGAAAUAAACUUUUUCUGUUGUUUAAAUUUGGCCUCCUAUUACUCUGGAUGUUACAUCAUGAGUUCAAAUGAAUAACAUUAUAUUGUGAUGAAAGAUAAAUUAAACAGAGAGCUGUAUUGAUAUUUAAAACAAAACAAUAAUAUGUGAUUAAAUUGAAUGAUUGCUUUUAUAGAUUUGUCUGUAACAUUUAAUUAAAGAUUUUAAACAUAAAGCCAGAACAAUAUUUCUUAUUUCUCACAUGCAUAAGAUUAAUUAAUUGCUAAUUUCAGACUUACCUAAUUAUCAAUAAAAUCAUUGGACAAACCUUCCAUUAUUUAAAUCGAAGGGAACAUUUUUAAACUUUUCUCAAUGCUUCCUGUCAUUUAAAGCUGCAUUAAAAGUUUUAUAUAUAGCAAGAGUCAUUUCAAGUCUUUCUUCCUGGCUAAUCAUGGCAGCAUUUAACAUUUAACAUAUGGAUUUAGCAACUUCCCCUAACCCUCGAGACAGGGAAUUCAAUCAAUUAAACAAUUAAGUAUUCAGAUCCAGGUUAUAAUAGAAACCACAGGAACCCUCUCUCCCCAGUCUUUUUUCUGACUUCAUAGCCCUAGGACAGUUGUUAUAUUUUUUCUUUUCGAGUUUUAUCUGAUAAGAUUUUUAUUUUAUGCUCACCUGGUUAUGUUCUAUGAUCUUAUUCCUGUUGAGGUCAGCCUCCCUCCUCAGGAAGCCCAUGCACAAGUAUCCCAAUCUCUGCAGAGUUAGGAACCCCUGGGAGCCGCGGCGGUUAGUUCCCCCAAUAUCUGAAGUUUGGAUGCCUGUGAGCACGGACAGCUUUAUAUCUUGCAUGCUCAUUUCCAAGAUGGCGGAGACGUGGUGUGUGGCCAAUCGGCACAGGCGCAAGGCUUUAAAGGCACAGAGCAGGAAAUUUGAAAUGGCGGUAAGCCAAAAAAUAAAACUAGCGGUUCAAUUCCCUUAAAGAUACAGUGCUCUCAAGUUUGAUUUCCACUCUCUGCACCUUCAAUUCAAAGCUCUUCCCUUUGGGAUCAGCACAGCCCUGAGGACAUUCUCCAAAAUUGUUCUUCUCAGAAUGGAAGGUGUUGCUAUUUUUCACAAUCUCUAUGAUAUUUUAGUGGUGGCUCCAGACUUUGAGACCGGGUUUCAACAUCGACGCCUAGUUCUCGAGACACCCUCUCAGUUUGGGUGGCUCAUCAACCACAAGAAUUGGUAUUGGUAUUCCUGGAAGUGAAUUUAAAUGCAAACACGGCAGGUGGUCUCUCUGGCACACAAAAAAUAAAAAUCACCCUACUGGAUCGAAUAAGGAAGUUCAAUUCAAAGACUUUGGCUUAUGUGCUAGAAUUUAUGAAGCUCAUGGAUACCCUUUCUGCAACCAUAUACCUCAUCAGAUGGGCACAAUGGAACCUUUGUCCGCUACAUCAUUUUUUCCUGCGGAAUUUCAGGACCAGCUCUCGAGAGUGGGAAAGAUCAAUUCACAUUUUAAACCAUUUAAAAAUAGAAGCUUCUAUGGUGGCUGUCGUGGAAAAACAUCUCCAGAGGGUUUUCUCUGAGGGCAAUUGAUUGAUUGGUCAUUACAACAGAUCUUAGUCAGUACGGAUGGGGAGCCUCCACGGACUCAAACAUCAACCAAUCGAGAGCAGCAUUUCAAGUGUUUUGGGAUUUUCAACACCUCAUCUCGGAAUUCUUGGAUAAACCAGAAGUGUAUCUCUGAUGAGGGAAUUACAAUCAAUCACACAAUUUUAUACAUAAAAGAUGCAACAUCAAUUCUUAAAACUAUGGAUCUUAUUGAAUGAAAGGACGAAUAUAGUUGGGCGACCCUGGAUGUCACUUCACUUUACACAGUAACACAUCACAAUUUGGGUUUGGCAGCUGUAACUAUAUACAUCAACCAGGAUGAUUCCAUCAACAGUAAUUUGAAAGAAUUUAUCUUAAUUGGAAUUUGCUUCUUUUUACAGCACAAUUAUUUUUUCUUUGAUGGUAAUUUUUAUUUACAAAUCACAGGUACCGCCAUGGGAAGCAAGUUCGCCUCCAGCUAUGCCAACAUUUACAUGAGACAAUGGGAAGACCUUUUUGUGUGGUCUAGGCAUGGCUGGAGGGAAAACUUGGUCCUAUGGCGGAGAUUUAUAGAUGAUAUUAUUAUUUGGAAGGGCACUGGGAAUUCCUUUGGAGAUUAUGUCAACCACCUCAAUCAGAAUAAAUGUAAUCUCAAAUUGGCAGCCGAGUCCAAUAAAAAUACUAUACAUUUUUUGGCUUUAACAAUUUUCAUGAAAGAAAGUAAAAUAUUGAGUAAAUGUUUCUUUAAGGAAACUAACGGCAAUAGCCAUGUCCACCAACAAAGCAUUCACUAUGCACCAUGGCUGAAGGGGAUAACCAGAAGCCAAAUGACACAAAUUACAAGAAAUUGCUCAGAUAUGCUGGACUUAAAAAAAUAAGCUAAUAUUGUAAAAAAUAAACUUUUUCAGAAAGGAUACAAUAAAAACAAUAUUGAAAAAGAAAUCAGACUGGCAGAAAGGAGAAACAGAGAAUACCUUUUAGGAAGUAGAGUAAAAGAAACCCAUAAUGAUGUGUACAGAUAUGCUUUUAUGACUAAACACAAUAAAAAUUAUAAACAAAUAAGUCAAAAUUUUGGCCAUUCCUCAGGGAGGAUUCGGUCUUAGGGGAAAAACUACCCGAAAGACCACAAAUUAUUAUUAGAAAUGCACAAAACUUAAAGAGUUUAUUAGUAGAGUUUAGCCAACCCGAACUGUAAAGUUCAGGUUCGUACCGAACAUUACGGUUUUUGGACCCCGGACUCGAACAUGGACAUUUCACUGUAUGUUCGGGUUGGAAAUUCGGUGUUCAGCGAUUUAAUGGCGCAUUUUGAAAGUUGCAGGGCAGCCAAUCAACAAGCGUUUGACUUGUGUGCCCUUAGAAGCCAUCACAGCCAUGCCUACUAAUGGCAUGGCUGUGAUUGGCCAGUGCAGCAUUUGAGCUAUCUACCAAAAGGCUGAAAGACCUAAACUGGUCUUUCAGCCACAUUUACUAAUACUAAGUAAAGAUUACUUAGUAUUAGUAAAUUCAACCAUGUCUAGCAAACAGUGAGCAGCCAGUGGCUGCUCACUGUAAAAAAAAUAAAAAAAGAAUAAAAACCUAUUGGCCCCCAACCCUGAAUGGCGGAUGGAGGCCCUAAAGUAAAAUAAGGGGGGACCUAUUGUCCUCUCCCCCGGCCGCCACCCCUGAGCAGCAUGUGGGGGCCCUAAAUAACAAUGAUGGGGUGGGGACCUACUGUCCUCCCUCCCAGCCCCACCCCUGGGCAGUGGGUGGGGGCCCUAAAUAAGAAUGAUGGGAGGACCUACUGAAUGGUGGGUGGGGGCCCUAACGUAAAAUAAGGGGGGGACAUAUUGUCCUCCCCCCCAGCCCCCACCCCUGCGCGGUGGGUAGAGGCUCUACAUAACAAUGAGGGGGGACCCACUGUCCUCCCCCCCGGCUUCCACCCCUGUGCGGUGGGUGGGGGCCCUAAAUAAGAAUGAGGGGGAGGGACUACUGUCCUCCCCCCCGGCCCCCACCCAUGCGCAGUGGGUGGGGGCCCUAAAUAAGACUGAGGAGGAGGGACUACUCUCCUCCCCUCCCAGCCCCCACCCCUGAGCGGUGGGUGGAGGACCUAAAUUUAGAAUAAGGGGGAGGGACCUAUCAAAAAAAAAAAAGUGCAAAAAAAAAAUCCAUGUUCACCUGGAGGGCUCCGAGCAGACUGAGCUCUGGCCUAAAUAAGAAUGAGGGGGAGGGACUACUGUCCUCCCCCCGGCCCCCACCCAUGCGCGGUGGGUGGGGGCCCUAAAUAAGAAUGAGGCAAAGGGACUACUGUCUUCCCCUCCCAGCCCCCACCCCUGAGCGGUUGGUGGAGGACCUAAAUUUAGAAUAAGGGGGAGGGACAUAUAAAAAAAAAAACGAGUGCAAAAAAAAAAUCCAUGUUCACCUGGAGGGCUCCGCACAGACUGAGCUCUGCAAGGAGGGGAAGGCUUAUAAAGCCUUGCCCCGCCCUGCAAUUAGGCUCAGAGCACUCUGAUUGGUGGGUUUAAGCCAUCCAAUCAGAGUGCUCUGACAGGUAAAUGAAGAGACUGACAGGUAAGUCUCUACAUUUACCUGUCACAGCACUCUGAUUGGUUUACACGCUGUGUAAUUUGACUCAUAACAACACUCUGAUUGGUGGAUUGAAAGUAAGCAAUUAGAGAGUUAUGAGUCAAAUUACACAGCGUGGGAAAAUUCCAAAGAACUUUCCCACGCUGUGCAAAAUGACACAGAGCACUCUGAUUGGCUGGAUUUCAAGCUAACCAAUCAGAGUGCUCUGUGUCAUUUUACACAGCGUGGGAAAAUUCCAAAGAAAAUUCCAAAGAAAUCCUUCAUAUUUCAAUACUAGAAUUUUCUAGGCAUUUUUAGUUCUAUAUAACACACAUACAACACACACAAAGAUAGGUGGAGCAAAUAGUGAUAGAAAAUAAAGAUAUACUUCCCUCUCUUCUAACUUCUCGCUGUAAGAGAUAGAGAGGUACAAAAUAGUGCAGAUAUUGCUAUAUACAAAAUAUAAAUAGAAUAUAAAUCAUAUGCACUCACAAUGGGAGAGCCAUAUAAUGCAAACUGGCUCUGGUGUGGAUUUCCUUUGGGAUCUUAAUUGGGUGAUCCCCAGACCUCUUUGAUGGUAUUUGUUGAGGUAUGUCUUCCUUCAAUGAUAGGCAAUGGAGAGAAUGGUAUAUUCCAAAGGCAAAAUAUUUAUUCAAGAAAAAAUAAAUAAAAUGGUUAAAAGUAAUACAAUAAAUAAAAACUCUUAGUGUCCAAUAUGAUUGCCAAAACGCGUUUCGCCAGUGUGGCUUCAUCAGUUGGCAACUUGCCAAAACGCGUUUCGCCAGUGUGGCUUCCUCAAUUGGCAACUGAGGAAGCCACACUGGCGAAACGCGUUUUGGCAAUCAUAUUGGACACUAAGAGUUUUUAUUUAUUGUUUUACUUUUAUCCAUUUUAUUUAUUUUUUCUUGAAUAAAUAUUCUCUGCUCUGCUAUUUCAUCUCUCUCUGUUGUUAAAUGGGCCAUGCAUCCUAUGGUUGUUCACGUUUUCAAGGCUGUGAUGAGAAAAAUACCUCCAGCAAGGAAAUUCUCUGCUCCAUGGAAUUUACCUCUGGUCCUGCAAGCUGCGACGGAUCUGCCCUUAGAAUCUCUUGAAGAAAUUCCUAUCCCAGUUUUUUCUCAGAAGACCUUAUUGCUACUGGCAUUAGUCUCAGCCAGAAGAAUGGCAGACAUUAGAGCAUUACCAUCUGAAGAACCCUACAGUACUUUUCUCCAUGAUAGAGUAGUUCUACAACCAAGACCAGACCUUCUUCCAAAGGUCAUUACCUCAUAUCAUCUGAAUUAGGAAAUCAUCCUGCCAGGAUAAUUCCAAAAUCCUUUAUCACUUGAAGAGGAAAGAUGUCAUACGUAGUGAUGUCCCGAACGGUUCGCUGAACGGUUCACCACGAACGGUUCGCCACGGACUCAUCAUUGAGUAAACUUUGGCCCUGGACCUCACAGUCAGCAGACACAUUCCAGUCUCCCACCUCCUGGACAGCAUCCAUUUUACAUUCAUUGUGAAGCUGCAUUCUUAGUGAGCUGUCCAGGAGGUGGGAGGGUCUGGGAGGGAGGGUCUGCUGCUGAUUGGCUGGAAUGUGUCUGCUGACUGUGAGGUACAGGGUCAGAGUUUACUCAAUGAUGAGUCCGUGGCGAACCGUUCGCGAACCUUUCGGCGAACCGUUCGGGACAUCACUAGUCAUAAGUUAGACCUGAAAAGGUGUUUAUCCAUGUAAAUUGAGCGUUAAGCAGAUUGGAGAAAAUCCUCUCAACUAUUUGUGAUCCCAUGUGGUUCUUGUAAGGGAGAAGCAGCUUCAGUCCCUACCCUCCCCGUUCCUGGGUGUUUUCUGUUGUUUAUAAGGCAUAUACUGCAAAAGGUUUUUAGCUAUACCUCCAAUGAAAAAACACAUAAUAAAUGUUUUUAUUUGGGGUAUGUCUACUAAACAGUAAUUUAUUUUAUAGUUUUUUGGGGGGGUAGUGGGGGAAGUAGCAUGUUCCUUUAUUGGUUUCAUGCCUCCCAUUGCCACUUGCCUUUAAAUAUAUUUAUAGUUUGUUCUUCAUUGUGCUGCAUAAUACCUGGGGGCUUCCAGUUUGUUCUCCUCUGUUCUGUGAGAUUCUUUUGACUGAUGGAUUGUGGGUAAAUAAGCUUAUGGAACUUUGCUUUAUGCUCUGCCCAUUGCCAAAAUUGUUAAAGAUUACAUCUCCCUGCAGUGGUGUAUUUUGGUUUUGUGCUGCCCUAGGUAUGGCUAAACCUAUUCAACACCCUCCCACCCCCCACCCCCCAAUCUAAAUGUGCCCCACACCUGCCUGCCAAGACCACACUUCCUUCUUUUCAAAACCUACCCCUUCCGCUGCAAACUCCACCACUCAGUCCCAUCUCAUUCUAUUUAGGCUCUACAAUUUCCUCUUUGAGCUCCACCUCUUCGCCUCUGACCUCAAACAGCUUGUGAAAGCAAUAUAUGCCAUCAAACAGGUUACCAAUACCAUCUUCAUCCCAAAACAACUUUACAGUGCAAGCUUUGUUCCCAACCAGCUUAGCAGUGCCAUUUCUAUCCCCAAACAUUGUAUCAGUGACAUAUUUACACCCAAACAACUUGCCACGUCCAUCUAUUUCCACAAACAGUUUGCCAGUGGCAUCUGGUAUACCAUGCCACUAAACUUUAAAUGCAGAAACUUGGUAUAACAUGGCAAUCAACUACAAAAGGUAUAUCCCUGGUAUAUCUUGCCAAUGACCUGUAGUGCGCCUCACUCUGGAGCCGCUGCCUCUUAGAGAGCUCUUGGAUGUCAUCAAUGUUAUUCAAGCUGGAAAAGUAGAGGUGUAAUGUCUAGCUCACAGAAUGCAUCAGUUUGCAGCAGCAAUGUUACUGACACAAAGUGACAGAAAUCUUAAGCAUCCGUCUUUAUCCACCUAUUAUAGCCUCUAAAGCUCACAUCCUAAUGUACUUUAUAUAACCAUCAAAGCUUGCACUCUAAAGUAAUUCAGUUAGCUAAUAAAGCUUACACUCUAAUGUAAUUAAUAUAACCAAUAAAGCUUGCACUCUAAUGUUAUUCAGAUAGCUAAUAAAGCUUACACUUUAAUGUCAUUAAUAUAACCAAUAAAGCUUGCAGUCUAAUGUAAUUCAGAUAGCUAAUAAAGCUUGCACUCUAAUGUAAUUAAUAUAACCAGUAAAGCUUGCACUCUAAUGUAAUUAAUAUAACCGUUAAAGCUUGCACUCUAAAGUAAUUCAGUUAGCUAAUACAACUUGCACUCUAAUGUAUAGAGAGAUCCAUAUAGUCUGGGUGUAUAUAGAGAGACAUAUAGAGUGUGUGUGUGUGUGUGUGUAAAGAUAGGUUAAUUUUACAUAUAUCGAGAGUCAUUUAGUCUGUGUGUAUAAAGAGAGAUCCAUAUAGUCUGUGUGUAGAUAGAGAGAUAUAUAAAGUGUGUGUGUGUGUAAGAUAGGAUCAUUUUACAUAAAGAGAGAUCCUUAUAGUCUGUUUGUAUAAAGAUAGGACCAUUUACAUAUUAGCUAUAAUGUGUGAGUGUGUGUGCGUGUGUGUGUGUGCGUGCUUAUAGACAGCCAUAUAGUGUGUUUGUAUAAAGAGAGAUCCAUAUAGUCUGUAUGUAUAUAGAGAGACAUAUAAAGUGUGUGUGAGUGUAAGAUAGGAUCAUUUUACAUAAAGAGAGAUCCUUAUAGUCUGUUUGUAUAAAGAUAGGAUCAUUUACAUAUUAGCUAUAAUGUGUGAGUGUGUGUGCGUGUGUGUGUGUGCGUGCUUAUAGACAGCCAUAUAGUGUGUUUGUAUAAAGAGAGAUCCAUAUAGUCUGUGUGUAUAUAGAGAGACAUAUAAAGUGUGUGUGAGUGUAAGAUAGGAUCAUUUUACAUAAAGAGAGAUCCUUAUAGUCUGUUUGUAUAAAGAUAGGAUCAUUUACAUAUUAUAUAGAGACAGAAAAAAUAUAUACAGGGCGCCACAAUCACCAGAUAAAUAAACGAAAAAGAUGAAGAUAAUAUUGUUUUAUUUAAUAAUGUGCACCAACAAUGUGCAAAUAGUAUAAAAUAUAUUCACUCCUGACGAAGUCUCAAGGACGAAACGCGUUGAGCAGCAUUGGGGACCCUUCUACUUUGGUAUCAGCAGUUUCUGUUUCACAUGAUUUUUUUGUCUAUGUGACUAGUUGUGGACAUUGUUUAUGUUUACCAGCUUAAAGUGAUGGGAGUUGCACUCUGCACUUUAUAUUAUUGUCUGCACUUUAGCAUUUAGCACUUUUUCAUGUUAUAUAAGAGCUGCUAUACCUAUGGGUCUUUUAGCCUAUUGAGGCUUUUUAUGUGAAUAUAUUUUAUACUAUUUGCACAUUGUUGGUGCACAUUAUUAAAUAAAACAAUAUUAUCUUCAUCUUUUUCGUUUAUUUAUCUGGUGAUUGUGGCGCCCUGUAUAUAUUUUUUCUGUCUCUAUUGGAUGUUUUAAGGUUUGAGUGACCUUUUACAGUGGCUUGCCUGCAUACAGAUAUCACUACACUUCACCCAACCCUGUAUUUGUUCAUUUACAUAUUAGCUAUAAUGUGUGUGUGUAUAGACAGCCAUAUAGUGUGCGUGUGUGUGUGUGCGCGCGCUCGUAUAGACAGCCAUAUAGUGUGUGUGUGUUGCCAGGCAAUACCUUCAAAGCAAAGAAACAUCCAGGAGGUGAGACUACUGCAUGGUCUAUUAGGGGGCGUAUCAGCUAUCAAGUUGAUGUCGGAGAGAAGCUGGAAGGCUCCAUUAGUUGGAGAUCUGGAGUGGUGUGCAGCAGUUACUGAACUGCUUUUCAUGCUGGCUUUUGCUUUCUAGGAGAGAGACUCCUCAUCCUGCUGCAGUUUCUCUCUGUCUCAGCCUCUUCCACAAUUCAAGCUUUCAUUGACAACAAAUAUAAAGGUCACGAGACCGAGGAUGGCAGCUUGUCAUCCCCCAUUUCCGUUUUUUGCUGCCCCCUGGAAAGUGCUGCCCAUGGCAAGUGCCUUGUUUGCCUUGCUGAAAAUACAUCACUGCCCCAUAAGAAAAAGCAGUCCAUAUGUAUAACUAAAAAACUAAGGUGAACUUUAAAAAAAGUAAAACCAAAGAUAAAUAGCACAAAAAAAAGGAUUACAAUAAAAGUAAAACCUGCGACAGAGCCACUAACCCCUUCCCGACCUCUGAUGUGCAGGGUACAUCCGACAAAAAAAACACAGUUAACGACUGCGGACCUACCCUGCACGUUCAUGGCUACAAUGACCCGGGUACUCACCUGGACUGGUGGUCCGCUGUGACCCUGGUCCAGGGGGACUGCCCGAGAUCUCAGCAGUCCCCUUGCGGCAGACCUGGCCUCUCGGGUCCUCCAGGGGCCAUGUGAUCACCAUGAUCACAUGGCUGCAAUGGAAGUCUAUGGAGCUGCCAGAAGGGGGACUAUCUGAGCAAUCAGGCAGUCCCUCAGCCACGAAAAAUUUAAAAAAAUAAAAAAAUAAAUAUAUUAUACAUAUGUCAUAUAUGUAUAAUAUAUUAUAAAAUAGUUAAAUAAUUUUAUAAUAUAUUAUACAUAUAAAAUGCAUAUAUAUGAUUGCAUCAUAAGUGUACUUUGAGAUAAAUACACAAAUAUCUCAAAAUGCACUUAUAAUGUAAUCAUGUAUAUGCAUUAUAUAUGUAUAAUAUAUUAUCAAAUGCUUUAAUUAUUUUAUAAUAUAUUAUACAUAUAUAGGAAAUAAAAAACGUGUGUGUGUAUGUAUAUAUCUAUAUGUACAUACACACACAAGUAUUAUAUACACACGUAUUACAUAUGUAUAUGUGUAUAUAUAUGUAUGUAUAUAUACACAUACACACACACGUAUUAUAUACACACGUAAUAUAUAUAUGUAUAUACACAUGUAUAUAUAUAUAUAUAUAUAUAAAUAUAUAUACACACAUACACACACGUAUUAUAUGUGUAUAUAUAUAUAUAUAUAUGUAUAUAUAUAUAGUAUGAAAUAGAAAUAGCGUUCAGUUUAUUUUUUUUACAUUUUUCACACACAACAAAUAUGAACGUUAACUUUGGCCAGUGUUUGUGACUAAGUGGCUUCUAAAAAUAACUGGACAUACCCCAUUUGUAAUACCUUGGGUUGUCUACUUUUGCAAAUGGUAUGCCGUUAUGGGGGUAAUUUUCAUUCCUGGGCUACCAUUUGGUCUCAAAGGCAACAUAACCAGGCAAAUUUCAAUGUGCAAAAAAAACCAAGAAAUUGAUGCCACUAGUCUCAGUGCAUAAAAGCUCCGAGAUUAGCUGCAUCCCCUGGAUAUAUAUGUAGUAAUAUAGUUAUUACUGUAUAUUGGCAUAAAAAAUGUAUAAUUAAAGUAAUUCAAUAGGGAGUUUAGAAUAUGUGUGCUCCUGGCACAAGUAGCUAAUUUUGUUUUCCAAUUUACAUCAGGAAGAUUAAAGUCACCCAUGAUGAUAACUUCCCCCUUCAUUGUCAUUUUAGCUAUUUCCUCAACUAGUAGAUUAUCUAACUCUUCAAUUUGUCCUGGGGGCCUAUAAAUCACACCUACACGAGUUACUGUGUGAUUACCAAAUUCUAACGUAGCCCAAACGGACUCUAUGUUUGCCUCACUAACUUUUAUUAGGCUAGAUUUUAUGCUAUCCUUCACAUACAAGGCCACCCCUCCCCCUUUCUUGCCUUCCCUAUCUUUCCUAUAUAAAGAGUACCCUGGUAUUGCUAUGUCCCAGUCAUUUUUCUCGUUGUACCAUGUCUCAGUAACAGCGACUAAAUCUACACUAUCAGUUGCCAUUAUUGCCACAAGUUCAUGGAUCUUAUUCCCUAAACUGCGAGCAUUUGUAGACAAUGGGUUAAGCCCAUUGAGACCCUUGGAGUCUCUCUGCGGUACUUAAGAUAUUGGGUUAGACCUGUCACUAUCCCAUCUUUUGGGUUAAGUGUAUGGGUAUAUACCUAUAUUCUUAUUUUCGUUCUUAAAUUUCAAUGUGCACAAACUGAAAAAUGUAAUGUGCUAUAUUUUACCCUGUAACUUUCCAAAACACCAUAAAACCUGUAAAUUGGGGGUACUGUUUUACUCAUGAGACAUCACUGAAUACAAAUAUAUGUAUUAGUAACGGCAGUAACAGCUAACAGUAUUGUGACAUUCACAGUUAAAAUGCCAUGCAAAACGAAUUUUUUUUUACAUUUCAGAAUUUCUCAAUUCUUUUAUAUUUUAUUCAUACUAAAUUAGGUUUAAUAUACAAAUAUUUGAUGUGACAUGAAAGCCCCGUUUCUCCUGAACAAAAUUAUAUAUGAUAAGUGUGGGUGCACAUAAUAUGAAAGAGGUGAAUUACCCCUGAACAGACAUAUAGCGCAAAUUCAAGGUUUUGUUUUGAUCACAACUUGUACAACUGCCUCAGCCCUUAAGGGGUUAAAGGGACACUUUAAGCACCAGAACCAUUACAGCUUAAUGUAAUGACUCUGGUACAAAGAGAAGGUUCCUGCAGACUCAGCAUUGCAAUCGAAUGUGUUUACGUUUGCUCCUAUGGCCACCUCUAUUAACUGUCAUUGUCUAGUGAAUACAACUAGAGGCCUUUACUAGUGUGGUCCGCCAAUCUUUGCAGGACCGAUGUUCAGUGUCUUUAAGCUAUGCAUUAAGACCCAGAAUGAUCCAAAUAGAGAUGCAUUUAGCCAAUAGCUCUUCUUUAUACUGUAUGUCCUCUAAGGCAGUAGUUUUCAAACAAGUCCUCAAGGCAUGCCAGGAUUCAGGGAUUGCCUAGUUGUGUUUAAGGUGUUUUUAGAAAGAAAGACAAAAACACAUUGGCACAACUGGGUAAACCCUAAAUAGUGGACUGGUAGGUGUACCUUGAGAAUUGGUUUGGAAACCACUUUUCUAAGGACUUCAGUGCAUAGGCCAGUUUAUUAAAUUUUUACAAAUUUUCUUGACUUUUUUCCACCAGGGUAAUAUUUUGUUUUGUUUUGAUCCAUCUCUCCCUACCCCUAUUGUUUUCCUUUUAGAUCAAAACUAUGAAUGUGAAAUUUGUGCUUUGCUGGUUUUGUACUGGUCUCCUCUUAAAGAUCUCAGAAACACGUAUGUAGAAGAAUGUUUUUCUUACAUUUUCUUUUAAUGAAAGAGUAAAUAUAAUUUCUAAGCAAUGUUUUAAGGAAUUAAUAAAGUAAAUAGAUUUAAAGGUUUAAAGCGCUUUAGGUUUACCCCUCUUUAGCUAAUUUCUAAUUUUAAAAUGAGGAAGAACUUAAUUUAGUAGUAGAAAAGACAUGACAAUUACAUUAUCUUUAAUGGAAAUAAUAAAAUAAAGCUAAAAUAAUUUACCAAACCCCACUUUAACCCCUUAAGGACACAUGACAUGUGUGACAUGUCAUGAUUCCCUUUUAUUCCAGAAGUUUGGUCCUUAAGGGCAAUGAGAGAAUAGGUUAUUGCUUCAUACAACACCCAUUAUUGUGCCUAAGUGAGGUGUUUCGUAAAUGAGUGCGCUGGAUCUUGUAUGUUGUAUGAAUUGGCCCCAGCAGCACCCUUAUAGGUAUGCAUGUUCAGGUAAGUGAGCCCUCUUAGGUUUCAGUUAUAUAUUCAUGGGGCGGGGGAGGGGGGGAAGAGCACACCCUCUUGGAAUUCUAUGGUUCUACAUGUCAGGACAUAACAAUCAUCUGUUCCUUAGCAGGUCAUAAAAACAGGUAAACAACAAUUAAUUAAUUGCUCAUCAGCAAGUGUGACCACCUCUAUAAAGGCCGAGGUUUUAGCAGUGUGCUGGUCUGGAGUAUUCAGGUGUAUUUUAACACCAUGCCAAGAAGGAAAGACUCAGGUUUUAGAGAAGCAAUUGUUGCUGCCCAUCAAAAUUGCAUGGAUUGUAAGGCCAUUUCCAAACUAUUAAAGUUCAUCAUUCUACAGUGAGAAAUAUUUUUCAAAUGUAGAAAACAUACAAGAUAGUUGCCACUCUUACCAGGAGUGGAUGUUCUUGCCAAUUCACCCCAAGGUCAAACCGUGCAAUGCUCAGAGAAAUUGCAAAACUACAUCUUAAAUUAAAUUUAGGUUUGAUGACAGUACAAUUCAUAACACAAUGAACACGUAUGGUUUGUUUAACCCCUUAAGGACACAUGACAUGUGUGACAUGUCAUGAUUCCCUUUUAUUCCAGAAGUUUAGUCCUUAAGGGGUUAAAAGGGUUGCCAGAAGAAAGCCUCCUCACACGGCAGCAUGUCUAAGGUCUGCAAAGUUGCACAAGUAAACCAGAAAAAUGAAAUAAUAAACUGGUAUCAAAUAUAACAAAAUAAACUGGCAGAAUAAGUACACAAUAAGUAAAAGUCCACGAUAGACUGGAAAAAGUCUAUGGGGUAGGGACGUCCAAAGUGAAACCUAUCUAUUGAUAGUAGGAGUAUUCCUCGAUGUGACAUAGGUGAAUCCUUGAAGUUCAUAUGAAAUAGAUAAAAGAUAACAACUAAUGGUGCAGUUUGUCCCAAGUAGGGGCUGGAUACAGUAUAGAAGAUCUAUAUGGUCCUACUACUGUUUAAUAGAGCUAUCUACUUAGCUCUAGUGUGGAUGGUGUACAGUGGUACAAUCCCCACUUAUAGGAUAUGUGAAGUGUUUGUAGUCUUGCUUGAUGUAGGGACCAUAUGAAAAUAUAAAUAACAGUAAUAGUGCUUACAGUAUAUAAACCAGAGGUGUAAUUAUAAAAUACUAAGUGGUUACUCACAUUUCGUUGAGCAGGCUGACUGCUCAAUGAACACAGCUUGAGUGGUAUGAUCUCCACCUAGGAUUAUAAUAUCCUCGCUGGAAAAUUAAAAGGAUCUGGUACCAGGUAAAAAGGAUGGUAAUAAUAAAAAUAAAAAUAAUAAUAUGAUAAAAAAGUAAAAUGGCUAACUCGCCAGACAGAAAGUGGCCAAAAUACCUUAUAAAUAUUGUUAUAUUAAAAUACCACAAAGCGUUUCGCCCUUAGGGUUUUUCGAGUGGAGAUCAGAAAGUAUAACCUGGCAGACAGUAGUAUAUGCAAUUGUUUAAAAAAGGCAACAAAAUGAUGUAAUUAAUAUUUAUAACAUACAAAAAAGUUUAGAAAUUACAUACAAAAGUGUUUAAGUACACAUAGAGGUUAUAUAUCACAAUAUUGUUUAAAAACUAGGCUUGUUUAUAGAUAUAAUGAAAGAAAAUAUAAACAAAUUGUGGUUACGUGGUCAGCGCCCAUAUUUAAUUACGGGCUGCUCCACGUGAUCUAUCGCAAUGGCUUUUGGGACUUGUAGUAGUUACUUUCGCGUCCUUAUGACGUGUGGCAAAAUGGGAAAGUUGGAGACACGUCCCCACUGAUGCGACCCAUCCCUCAGCAGGUGAUAGUAAUGGGCAUGUCUUAGUAACGUCCAGGGGUUGGUCGUGAAUUUAUGACGUGGCAUAAUAAAAAAAAUGGCAAAAUAAAAUCCAACUAAUGGGAAAAAAAAAACAGCAAAAAAGAAACAAGGGAAAAAUUAAAAAUGCUAUACAAUAAAAUUAGUCCUUUUUGCCCCACAAGAGCUCACUGCAGACUAAGCUCUCACAUUGCGGAAAGCCAUAUUUCUGCUAUUACAUCACAUGGUAAAAUUUCUCAAGCUAUGUAAAAUCAGGAAGAGUUCUCUGAUUGGUUUGCUAGUAAACCAACUAAUCAGAGUGCUCUGACCGCCAAGUUUUGAGUUAAAAAAGAAAUGGCAGCCUAUUCACCAGUUUUAGUAGAAAAGUUUAGUAGACAUAUCUCCACCUGCCCUAUGACCUCCAUAGGGUUUUUAACUGCUACCGCUGCCAGUGGCAAAUAGUUAAUUUUUUUUUUUUUAAUCCGUGACUGGAUUUAAAACAUUUGGUCCAGAUUUCAGCUGCCCGGUGGAAAUUCUUGCUUUAUUGAAACAAAUGCAUAUUAGUCCAUAUAAGAUGAAUUUGAUAUGUCCAGGAAUAAUUCUUACUUUUCUUUUUUUCAUGUACAGACUGCACGACUGUGUUUCCCAGGAUCACAGAGCCAUAUAAUAAUAGCUGUCUAAAAGUGAAGCCAUGUAAGCGUUACAACUGACUUUUCUAUUAUUAUUAUUUUUAUUUGAUUGUAUCUGAUUUGUGUAUUAGGUAAUCACACAGUGCCCACCGUAUUUGUCACUUAAGUGUUUUAUGCAACAAUAAUUAUAUGUUAUUACUAGCAAGAUAAACAAGAAAUGUGCUGCUCUAAAUCACUAGUGGCAAGAUUAUAAAUUAAAAAUAUAUGUCCAAAAGUAUUCUGGAUUUAUGAUAUUAUAUAGUAUAUUUACAAAUGUUCCAAUGUGUAUGUAUCUACAAUAUGUUCCAAUAAGAACAUAUCUACAGUAGAAAUAGUAAUGCAUUCAAAUCUGUUAAAAUAAUUUGUUUAAUGCUUAUUAUAUAAAAAUAAAGUUGAUGGGGUCAAAAAUAAUUAUUUAAAAAACUGAGAAAGAAAAGAGUUGCUUCACACUGGGACUCAGCGAAAUAUAAAAUGGAAUGUGAGCGCUCCUGAGUUAAAGGUAAUUAAUAGAAUCAGUACAAAAUGUGCAUUUUAAUAAAACAAAAUAUAUAAAAAACACAAGCUGCUCCAAAUAAUAAAAAAAAAAACAUAAUAUGCAACACGGAUAAAAAAUAUGGGUGGUAGUUGUUUUAACGACAUUGCUGCCUCGAGUGUUGCUAUAUUUUUUUUUAUCAGUGUUGCAUAUUAUGUUUUUAAAAAUCUUUUGGAGCAGCUUGUGUUUUUUAUAUAUUUUGUUUUAUUAAAAUGCACAUUUUGUACGGAUUGUACUGAUGCUUAUUAUACCAGAAUGGCACUGCAUUUAAAAAAAAAAAAAAAAAAAAUUGUAUUAUAGAUAUGUUUAAAUUAGAAAUUGUUAGAAAUGUAAGCAUUUUUUGAUUUAUAAUUCUGCCACUAUUUUAUUUAUUAUUUAGUCCUAUAGACUGUAAGCUCAUUUGAGCAGGGCCCUCUUUAACCUAUCAUUCCUUUAAGUUUUCUUGUAAUUGUCCUACUUAUAGUUAAAUGUCCCCUCUCAUAAUAUUAUAAAGCGCUACGCAAUAUGUUGGCGCUAUAUAAAUUGCAAUAAUAAUAAUAAUAAUAGUACAGUGCAUUUAUUUAAUUUUCUUGAUAUUAUUAUUAGUCUUGUCCAGGGUGAAAAAAGCUGAAUUUAUCUUUUAUGAUGGCACAAUUUUGUUUAAUUUUGCAAAAUUUUAGUACAGAAAGAAAUUCAAGGAAACUAUUUGGCAGCCAAAAAACAGGAAGCAUUUCGAGUAUGUCUUUGUUGACACAUUCAAAUUGUUACAAUACUACAUGGCCUAGUGGCUACACAAUAUCAGGCAUUUUUGCGUUGCCAAUUCCGAGUUGCCAAAAUUAGAUUAUUAUAUAUCUAGAUUUAAAAAAAAUGGAAUAAAAUCGGGAGCAGGAGUAAUUUCAAUAAAAAAAGGGAAAGCAGCAACAUAAGCAGCAGCAGCAUGAGUACUGUAAUAUAAUUUUUAUUUUACAUUUUUUUUUGGUGGGUGAACAACGGGAUGACAUGUCCAAACUGGCAUUAUUGUGGCGUAAAGUUACUGUCACAAAAUGGCAUAAGAACUUGCCAUUUAUUACCCAAUUAGCUACCCAAUUAUUGUCUAAUCCUCCAAUAGAGUGGGGAUUCAAUGCCAAUGGAGUGGUUGGAAGAUAGAUUAAGGAUUGCUCUCUGCUGUUUCAAAAUUAUUUUCAUCAUAUCUAAAGUGGAGUUCCAACAUGUGCUACCAUGGACAGUGUGUAGGAAUCCCUUUUUUCUCCUGUUCCUACUUCAAGGUUUGGCUAGUUCUUACUCUAUGGUGGAAAUGCAUGGCAACCCUCCUGCAAUGCUCAAGCCUGUUUGCAGUAAGCUUGGACCAACCCCUUACCAUUACCACCAUAUUCAGGCAGCAUGGUCUGCCACCAGCGUGUAAUCAAGGAAAGAAAAGUGUGCUUGCCGGUAAUAGCACUCCAUAUAGCUGGGCAAUUAGACAGGUGAUACUGUUAGCCUGCUGUUUUCACAUGGCCCUGGAAUAGAACCCAUCUAAAUGUUCAAGAGUGGACUAGUGGAUACUUUCCUGCGAUGAUGAGGAGUCCAACUGUUCCUCUCCAACCUGCCUUAGUCGAUGACACCCCCUGCUCUGCGUAAGGGUGGCAGUAGUAGAGGAGGCAAUCCUGCUGCUAAACCCCCCACCCCCUUCUAUUAAAUGCAUAUCAUUGUAGUGGUUACACCCUGGCUAAUUUUCUUUGUUGGAUUUGUGAUUUACUACUACUGUAACAUUAUUGUGUUUGACUACAGUGCACACUCUAUGCAGGUGCACAGUUAAAGGGGUACAAAAAGACUUUGCAAACUUACUCAAUGUUGCUGUACCCUGCAACAGUCUUAAUACCACACUUGUUCAGUUAACAGCAGCCAAACAUUGCAUGUAAUAGUGAGGGGAAAGGCUUGAAAUUUUCAAAGCAAUAAUAGUGGCACUGAAGCAUGGCAAAUCAAACAAUUCAAUUCUUACUAGAAUUAAAAUAAAAAAUAAAUAAAUAUCACAAAUCAGUAAAACAAUUUAAAGUUAGUGAAGCAAACUGGGUAUAAGUAGCUCUGGCAAUAAGUAAGAAUGUUAUCAUUUUUUAAUUCCCCAGAUGCUGAAUGGUCAAAUUAUUCCUGUCCAACCUGCCUCUGUCGAAUACUAGCAUUAUCCUUACUUUUCCCCCUUGCUUUGUCUAUGGGUAACAUCCACAUGAAUCCCAGGACUCAAUGUUUCCCAACAAAACAUUGCCCAAAGCAUAACACUGCCUCCUCUGGCCUGACUUCUUCACUCAGUGCAUCCUGUUACAAUCCCUUUCCCAGGUAAAUGGUGCAUAUGCACCAGGCCAACCACCUGAUCUAAAACCUUCUUCUAUUGCUCCAUGGUCCAGUUUUUGUGCACAUGUCCCCACUGAAGGGACUUUCAGUGGUGGACAGGGGUCAUCAUGGCACUCUGACCUAAUACGCAGCCCCAUACACAGCAAAAUGCUAUGCACUGUAUGUUUUGACACCUUUCUAUAAUGGACAGCAUUAGAUUUUUUGGCAAAUUGAGCUAAAGUAUCUCUUCAGUGUGUUUGGGCCAGAUGGGCUAGCUUUUGCUCCCUACUUCAAUAAGCUUUGGGUACCCAUGAUCUCAUGCUGGUUCACCUAUUGUCCUUCCUUGCACCACUUUUGGAAGGUACCGACCACUGCAUACCAGAAAAAACUCACAAGACUUUCCGUUGUGGAGAUGCUCUGAUACAGUCAUCUAGCCAUAACUUGUCAAAAUCAAUCAAUCAGAUUUUUUUUCGUUUGCCCAUAUUUCCUUCUUCCAACACAUUACAUUUAGGAACUGACUGUUCACUGGCUGCCCAAAAUAUCCCACCCUUUGACCAUUGUAACUAUAAAAUCAACGUUUUUCACUCCACCUCAAUGAUUUUAAUGUUGUACCUGAUCAAUUUUCCUUUUGUUGUUGUUAACAGACAGACUUAGGUUUUCACAAUUUUGAUUAGAUAUACAUUUUUGGAUUUAUGGUAAAAUCUAUGUAUAUGUUCUAAACAUACGUUUUCAUUUAGGUACCUUGUUGUUGUCUUAAGCAGAAAAUUAUAUGUUGUUUAUUUGACUUCUCAUACCUGUUUUCUUUUAACUUAAAAUGCACAUAAAACAUUUAAAUUUACCUUUUAAACAGAUUCAAAAAUUGACCUUUAUUGCAAAGCUGUAUUAGACGACAACUCUACUGUUCCUCAAACUGCCAUUAUCUUUUGGGUGAUUAAUGGAAAAUUCACAGAAGAAUGUGACAAUGUGUAUGAAGAUAAGCCAGUGUAAGAAUGCUUUUCCUCAUGAUCUUUUAAACUGAACUCUACAUGUUUUAAUGCAAAAUGUCAAGAUUCAUCUAUGUUACCCUUUACUCACUGUUAUACAGUGGGUUCUUUAAUAGAAUGUUGAUUUCUCUAAUUCAUAAAGGAACUCUCCAAACACCUAAAGCACUUAUGUUUGCUUAAGUGCUUUGUGUGUGACAAGUAAUGUGUGAAGAGUGUGUCCUCUCAGAUUUCAAUAGAAAUUUGUGCUUUUUUUUAACUAAACUGUAACACCACCCUCAUUGUCUAUUAGACAAUUGUUCCUGUUACUUCCUUUUAGAUUAGCUCAACUGAGCUAAACUCAAGAGACAGGUAAUUGCCUAGAGCACCUGCCAUGCAAAGACUUCUGAAUGAGCUCCUUUGGGGAGUCUGUGAUUGCCACAAAAAGUCUGGUCUGGGUAAGAAGUAGAUCGCUUACAAAGGCUGCAGAUAACAGACCUGCAGCUUUUGCAAGCUGUUUUUACAUAUAUCUCCAAUAUAGAAUGUAUUAAUAAAUGUAUGCAUGUUUCCAUUGAGGGCAUAUCUACUAAAUAGUGAUUUUAAAAACAUUUGGGCAGUGCAGUGUCCCUUUAAUUAAACUUUCCACUAUAUAACCAAUGCCAGCUUCAAAUAAUUUAAUGGUUGCACUGAAUUUAAAUACAGAGGUUGGAGUUUAAUUCAAAAAUACCUUUGUAAAUCAGUUAGGGAAUAGAGGACUUUUACAAAGUGGACAGCUUGGGGAAAUUACUACUCCUAAAGCUUAUCUUUUCAUAUUCUAAAAUAUAGCUAGUUCUCUCCACAAAAUAAUUUUUUCCUGCAUAAUUUUUAGUUGGCAAAUGUAUAUCUAGAAACACUGCCGAUAAUUAAAAAAAAUAAAAAAAUAAAGGGCUCUGUCACCCCUCAAAGAAAAUCUGAGCAAUUUAUAGAGAUAACACAAAAUAAAUCAUUCAAAUUCUAACACAGUCAACAGAUAUCAUAGGGACUACUUUGUCCUAUUUAUUUUUCCCACUUGAAAAAAUUUGAUAAAAGCUAUCCCCAGUGAUGGCCGUGGGAAAAUUGUAUCUUCUCAAGGCUCCUGCGAACCUCAAUAGACAUCAGUGUUGUACAGUUGUGUAUGUGUGAAAGCACAGCACUGACAUAGGAUCCUGGUGGAUUACCUCCCAUGCACCCCGGGACACUGUACACCAAUCUACAACGUCACCAUUGAGGUUCUUUGCAAAAUCUCUGCUUUAAAGGGGAGUCAUUGCUUCCCAUGAUUCUUAAUAUUGGGUUUAUGUAUCCCUGAAAUGUAUUUGUAAGGUCUGAAACAUAAAAUAUAGAACUCCACACAACUGUAUUUAACUGUAUCCUGGAACUGAGGACCUUCCUCUUGGCUCCCUGUCAAUCAUCGCUAUAGCCCAUUGUUGUCAUUAAUCUUAGUAAAUGGAGAAGAAACAAAAACAAUGUUUCUGUUACUCUUCCUCUAAUGCACUGUGUACCAUUGCUGUGUUAGGACUGAUCUGGAUUGUGAUGUAAUUUGCUCAAUCUUUAGAAUAAAUGUUAAAGGAUACAGAGUACCCCAUCUAAAAAGGUUUACUCGAGUUAUAGGUGACUCAAUGUUUUAUUCAAUGUUGUAAUUUUCACAGGUGGCGCGAUUUAUUUCACAGUUUGGACGAUUUAAUGGCUUUAAUUUUCUUUCUUAUAAUCUUUUAACAGUGUAAUAAUGAAAGGAGAAGUGAGCUCUAUUCUUCACAUUCUUAAAGUGGUUCCGGAAUUUUAUAACAUUCCAUUCACAUGUAUGAUAGAGAGCACAAGUGGAACGGAUAAGUCAUCUAUAUUUUUGAAAAAAAUGGACUGUUCAGGUUUGUUCUUAAAUGCAAUAUUAAUGUAAACAAACUUUUGUAACUCUCUAGUAUCUAGGAUAUAUGGAGACUGCAUAAGGGUGACAGUAAUAGAGGAGGCAAUCCUGCUGCUAUUGCUCGCCCCUUUUAUUAAAUUCAUGUCAUUGGUUACACCCUAACUUUCUUUGUUGGAGAAUUAGUUCCCGCUUUGUGAUUUACUACUACUGUAACAUUAUUAUGUUUGACUACAGUGCACACUCUAUGCAUUGCACAGUUAAAGGGGUAAAAAAAAGACUUUGCAAACAGAUUCCUCAAUAUUGCUGUACCCUGAAAUAGACACUGUAAGCAUCAUAACAGCUUAUUUUAAUGGUUAUAGAACCAGGCAUUCAUUUGUUUAAAAAGUAUAUUUUAAACACAGACACCAUUAACAUUCCCUAUGAUGUAAUAUGGGAAUCCAGCAUGUAUACACUCACUGCCUGUCCAUGCUAAGCAAGCUAACCUUCUGAAACUGUGCUGUGAGCAAGCAAACAAAUGCAUCAAUAUUCCUUUAACGGUGAGGGUGCGCUAUUUCAAGUGGGGGUGCACGGGAUGCAGUGCACUUCUGUAUGAAACUCCUUUGAUUUCAAAUUACAUUCAUAUUUAGCACUGGAAAGUUCUACACUCUGAUUGGGUUACCUAAUCGAGUCCAGAUGCUUGUCCUUCACGUGAAACUGGGCGUUGCUGUUGUUCAGUCAUGGGCAAAAGCAAAACCCAAGAUCAUAACACAUAGGAAGAAACUAAACACUCUUGCAAGAAGACCAAGGAAGUUAAUAUUGUAUUUUUCAAGCCACCUGAAAAAAAUAAAAGGGUUUUGUGAACAUACUGGACAUUAGUAUAAUAUUUGAAAUCAGUAGUGUUUCACAAAGAUAUUGAAUGAGGACCAAGUCACUGUUCUGUGUAUACUGUAUGCUUCCUGGUAGUUUAGCAAUAUGAACCUAAAUUCAAGAUGCAGUCAACUGCCCAGAGCACCGCCAUGCAAAGAGUUCUUAUUGGGAGUUGCAUUGGGAAGUCUGGGCUUGGGAAUAAGGGCAGAGAUUGUAAAAACUACACACAAUAGAUCUGCAGAUUUUGCAAGCUGUUUUUAGAAAUACAUUUAAAGGACCACUAUAGGCACACAGACCACUUCAGCUUAAUUAUUAUUAUUAUUAUUAUUUUAUUAUUUAUAUAGCGCCAACAAAUUCCGUAGCGCUGUACAAUGGGUGGACUAACAGACACAUAAUUGAGAUCAGGCCACUGACGUACAGGAACAGAGGGGGUUGAGGGCCCUGCUCGAUGAGCUUACAUGCUAGAGGGAGUGGGGUAUAGUGACACAAAGGGUUAAAGUAGGGGAAUUAAAUAGUUUGUUACAGAAGGGUUUAUUGAGUGCUUGGUAGGUCAUUUUUGACAGGUGCAGGAACGGAGUCAUGGGGUGGGGGAUGAGAAACCUGCUGACAGUUUAAUUGAUACGCUUUAAUGAAGAAGUGAGUUUUCAAAGAUUUUUUGAAGGAAUGGAGGCUGGGUGAAAGUCUGAUUGAGGAGGGAAGGGAGUUCCACAGAAUAGGUGCAGCCCUGGAGAAGUCUUGAAGGCGAGCAUCAGAGGUGGGGAUCCGGGCAGAGGAAAGGAGUCUCGACGGGACAUACUUGUGUAUGAGCGCAGGGGUCUGAGCGCAGGGGUCUCGACGGGACAUACUUGUGUAUGAGGGAGGAUAGGUAUGUUGGAGCAGCAUUAUGUAGGGAUUUGUAAGCAAGCGCCAGAAUUUGGAAUUGGGCCCUAUAUCUAACUGGAAGCCAAUGCAGGGACUGACAGAGCGUGGAGGCGUGGGAGGUGCGACAGGAAAAUAAGCCUCGCAGCCGUAAUCAUUAUAGAUUGCAGCGGUGCAAGCUGGGAACAUGUAAGACCGGUGAGAAGGGGAUUGCAAUAGUCAAGGCGAGAGAGAACAACAGCACUUAAUGAAGUGGUCUGGGUGCCAGGUCCAGCUAGCUUUUUUUUAUAAACAUAGCAGUUUCAGAGAAACUGCUAUGUUUAUAAAUGGGUUAAUCAAGCCUCCAUUGGCUGUCUCUUGACAGCCGCUAGAGGCGCUUGCGUGCUUUUCACUGUGAUUUUCACAGUGUGAAAAUGCCAGCGUCCUAGGAAAGCAUUGUGAAGAGGAGGUGAGGAGAGGAGGAAGAGAGCUUCCCGCCAGGCACUGGAGAAAGAGGUAAGUUUAACCCCUUCCUCUCCCCAGAGCCCGGCGGGAGGGGGUCCCCGAGGGUGGGGGCACCCUCAGGGCACUAUAGUGCCAGGAAAACGAGUAUGUUUUCCUGGCAUUAUAGUGGUCCUUUAAGGAAAAAAAUGUACAAUUAAAUGCAUGCGUGUUUUCAUAGAAGGUAAAUCUAAUCAAAGAAAAAAAAAAGCGUCAUACCCAAGGAAGUGUAGCGUUACUUACCUUAACCGGGGGCCGGUUGCGGUCCUCUCUUCAAGCCGCGCGCGGUCCUGCGGCUGCACGAGCCGCGCGCGGCUCAUCCGACUGCUUUAGAUGGAAGGCGGGCAGUGACCGCGUGAAGCCCAGGCUCUCCAGACGCUCCUAGCUAGAACCGUUCCAGCAACCACACCUAACCCUCCUACGCCCCUUCUCCCUGAAGUAUCUACUUUGCCUAAUACUUCGGCCCAUUUAACACCUCCUCCUAGGUAUGGAGGGGACUCUAAGACUUGCAGAGGGUUUAUUAAUCAAAUUGAAUUCCACUUCGAAAUGUAUCCACGUUCAUUUCCCACAGAGAGGUCUAAGGUUGGGUUCUUUAUGCACCAACUUACCGAUAAGGCACUUGAGUGGGCAAAUCCUAUUUGGGAAGCUAAUGGACCUAUGGUACAUGAUUUCAACAGUUUUCUUACGGCUUUUCGUAGAACUUUUGACACAAUGAAAAGGUCAAAGAAUGCCGCGAGAGCAUUAAUGAGAAUUAAACAGGGUUCUAGGUCUGUGGCUGAUUAUGCUAUUCAGUUUCGCACUCUUGCUUCGCAGGUAGAUUGGACCAACAAUGGGUUAACUACUGCCUUCAUGGAAGGUUUGUCAGAUACGAUAUUGGAUGAGGUAGCAGCUAAGGAGCUUCCUAUUGCCUUAGAGGACCUUAUUGAUUACCUCAUUGAUAUAGAUAAUAGAAUUCGUGACAGGCUCUAUACCAAGAACAGGAAUAGACGUUUUGUUACACCCAUUAACCCCAGAGUUAAUAUACCAGAGAGUGUUAAAGUGUCUGAGGAGGAACCUAUGCAAUUAGGGGUUGCCAAACUCUCUGAUACUGAGAAAUUACAUAGGAGAAGGGAGGGACUCUGCCUAUACUGUGGUAGGAGAGACCAUAUGGUAAAGGAAUGUCCUUUACUCCCGGAAAACUCUCGCACCUAAGACCUUAUAGGGGACUGGCCUUGGGUGUGAUAUCUAAGUCUCCUAAAUUGCCUCCUAACCGCUUGCUUCUCCCGGUUUCUUUAUAUAUGGGAGAGAUUUGUAUAGUUGACAACAUAUAUGCUCUGGUUGACUCUGGGGCAGCUGAAAAUUUUAUAGACUCUGGCUUUAUAAAGAGAAACAACAUUCCCAUCAGAGAGAAGGAGAUACCCUUGGCCGUUGAGGCCAUAGAUGGUAGACCAUUAAGUUCUCCAGUUGUUACUCAUGAGACUGUACCAUUACACAUGUACACAGGGGUUUUACACUAUGAAACCAUUCGAUUCCAGGUCAUCACCUCUCCCUCUUCACAGUUAGUAUUAGGGUAUCCAUGGUUACGUGCUCACAAUCCCAUUUUUGACUGGGAGACAGGGCAAAUAAAAUCAUGGAGUGAGGCCUGCCACGAGUCUUGUACGUUUGAAGUCACACCUUUGAAUUCUAUUAAGGUACCUACCAGUCCUCCUUUGUCUACGGCUAUACCCCCUCGGUAUUUAUCUCUAAAGUCUGUUUUCGAUAAAAGGGAGGCUGAGAAAUUACCGCCUCACAGACCCUAUGAUUGUGCUAUUGACUUGUUGCCUGGCACUAUACCUCCAAAGGGCAGGGUGUACCCCUUAUCGGUUCAAGAAAACCGUGUCAUGGAGGAGUAUAUUAAGGAAUCACUAGAAAAGGGGUUUAUUAGGAGAUCCUCUUCUCCAGCUGGAGCAGGGUUCUUCUUUGUAUCGAAGAAAGAAGGUGAUUUAAGACCGUGUAUAGAUUAUAGAGGUCUAAACAAAAUCACUAUCAAAAAUGCAUACCCUAUACCUUUAAUUACAGAAUUAUUUGACAGGCUGAAACAUGCCACUGUGUUCACUAAAUUAGACCUUAGGAGUGCAUACAAUUUGAUACGUAUAAAGGAAAAUCACGAAUGGAAGACUGCAUUCAACACUAGAUCCGGUCAUUACGAAUAUACUGUUAUGCCAUUUGGGCUUUGCAAUGCCCCAGCAGUAUUCCAAGAAUUUAUUAAUGAUGUCUUAAGAGAUUUUAUUCACACAUUUGUUAUCGUAUACUUGGACGACAUUUUAAUAUAUUCUACAGACAUACACACUCAUCACAGACAUGUUACGACAGUUUUGAAGACCCUUCUUGCUAAUGGUCUUUAUUGCAAGCUAGAAAAAUGUCUGUUUGACCAAACCGAAGUCCAGUUCUUGGGGUAUUUGAUUUCCGCUAAAGGUUUUCGUAUGGAUCCCCAGAAGCUUGCUGCUGUAAUAGAAUGGCCUCUACCGCAAGGUCUGAAAGCUAUUCAGCGUUUUCUUGGGUUCUCCAAUUAUUAUAGACGUUUUAUCAAAGGUUUCUCGUCCAUUGUAGCACCUAUUACCCGUAUGACUAAAAAGGAUGGCAAUACUCGUGUUUGGUCUACCGAGGCACUUCAGGCUUUUGAAUUUCUUAAAACUACGUUCGCCUCUGCACCUAUUUUACAGCAUCCUGUCCCCUCACUGCCCUAUAUUCUUGAAGUUGAUGCUUCGGAUAUUGGGGUAGGUGCUGUCUUAUCCCAAAGAGAGUCGCCUGAAAAGCCAUUGCAUCCAUGCGGCUUCUUUUCUAAACAAAUGUCCAAAGCAGAGAAAAAUUAUGAUGUGGGUAAUCGCGAACUCCUUGCUAUUAUUUUAGCACUUAAAGAGUGGAGACAUUUGUUAGAAGGAACUAAGGAUCCUAUCCUCAUUUUUACGGAUCACAAGAACCUAUCCUACCUUAGCGAAGCCAAAAGAUUGUCUUCCAGGCAGGCUAGGUGGUCACUAUUUUUGUCCCGUUUCAAUUUUAUUAUCACCUAUAGGCCAGGUGAUCGCAACACUAAAGCAGACGCUCUGUCCAGACAGUUCGAAACUACUGACAAACAGGAGAUUGAUGUUACUCCUGUCAUUCCCCCAGACAGGAUAAUAGCUACUACUAUUUUGUCUAUUUCCUCGUCCCUCUUGCAGGCCAUACAAGCGAAACAAAGCAUGGCACCUAGCGAGAGGCCUAAUGAUAAACUGUUCGUUGAUGUUCCUGAGAGACGGGAUAUUAUGUCAUUAUAUCAUGAUACUAAGACUGCUGGACAUCCUGGUAUUUCCAAAACGGUGUCAGCUGUUUCUCGGUAUUUUUGGUGGGAUUCCUUACGAAAGGAUGUCACUGACUAUAUAAGUGCUUGUACUACUUGUGCCUGUAUGAAAUCCUCCCGUAGAGUUCCUUGUGGGCUGUUGCAUCCGUUACCCGUUCCCGAGAGACCUUGGUCUAACCUGUCCAUGGAUUUUAUUGUUGAAUUACCCCCUUCAAAUGGUAACACAGUAAUCCUGAUGAUAGUGGAUCGGUUUUCCUAAGAUGGCUCACUUCGUGUCUCUUCACAAGUUGCCCACAUCCAAGGAACUGGCUCAUAUCUUCGCUAGAGAAGUAUUUCGAUUACAUGGUAUUCCCGUAUCUAUUGUAUCCGAUAGGGGUAGCCAAUUUAUUUCCAGGUUCUGGAGGGCCUUUUGUUCAGAAAUGGGUAUUUCUCUCUCAUUUUCUUCCGCUUAUCAUCCCCAGUCUAAUGGGGCUGCUGAACGUGCCAACCAGUCUCUGGAGCAAUACCUCCGUUGUUUUGUGUCUCACCAUCAGGACAAUUGGUCUGACCUGCUUCCUUGGGCUGAAUUUGCUCGGAAUAACGCCACUCAUGAUUCUUCCGGCAAGACCCCUUUUUACGUUGUCUAUGGCCAGCAUCCCGUUGUUCUUCCGGCUGCAUUCUCCUCACAGGGCAUGCCAGUUCUGGAUGAGCAUUUGGCUGGUUUGCGUAAUACUUGGGAGCAGGUUCAGCGUUCUUUGGUGGACUCUGCUACUCGCCAGAAGGCUCAGGCUGACAAGCAUCGCAGAGCAGCUCCGUCCUAUGUGGUGGGGGACAGGGUUUUGCUUUCCACGCGGAAUAUUCGUCUCCGGGUGCCUUCUAUGAAAUUGGCUCCCCGCUUCAUUGGACCUUAUCGUAUUAUACAUAAGGUUAAUCCUGUUUCUUAUGCCUUAGGCCUGCCUAAGAAUCUACGUAUUCCUAAUGUCUUUCACACCUCAUUGUUGAAACCUUACGUACGCAACCGCUAUACCCGGCAUACUCCUCCUCCCCCUCCUAUCUCAGUGGAGGGUCAUGAGGAGUUCGAAGUGUCUGCUGUUCUUGACUCUCGUUUCCUUAGGGGUCGACUUCAGUACUUGGUACAUUGGAAGGGUUAUGGGCCUGAGGAGCACAGUUGGAUUUCGGCUGAUGCUGUUCAUGCUCCCCGUCUUGUGCGCUCUUUCCAUUCUCGUUUUCCUGCCAGGCCUGGUCCUACCCGCCCGGAGGGCGUGUCCUCAGGGGGGGGUACUGUAGCGUUACUUACCUUAACCGGGGGCCGGUCGCGGUCCUCUCUUCAAGCCGCGCGCGGUCCUGCGGCUGCACGAGCCGCGCGCGGCUCAUCCGACUGCUUUAGAUGGAAGGCGGGCAGUGACCGCGUGAAGCGGUCACGUGUCCCGCCUGAAACUAAGAGCGCGCCGCGAGUCUCGGGCGCGCUCUUAAAGAGACAGUGGGAGCCUAAUUGCCAAAAGGCUCCCAUUGGCUCCUGUCAUACCACACUCCCUAUACAAUUACCUUUUGGGGGUGUGGAAGUGACAGGAGCCAAUCACUUUCGUUUAAAAGCUAUUUAAACUUACCUUUUUCCCUUAGCUCGUUGCCCUAUCGUGGUUUCUGUUUCAGUUCCCUUUAGCGCUUGUGGUGUUCAGUUGUGUUUUCUCGUAUUGACUUUGGCUUCGUAUUCUGACUUCGUUUUCGCUUUAUCCUUAUCUGUACUGUUUGCCGGCUUGCUGUUUUCCGUGUACCAGACCCCGGCUUGUCCUAGUUUACGCUGUCUCUCUGUGCCCUUGACCUCGGUUUGUUCCUGGCUCUGUCUCCUCUCAUAUACGUCGAGUCCGGCCAUUCUAAGGUCCGGUAGACGUAUCUCUCCUCUGUAUUGGCUUCUGUUUUGCUGGAUCCUGCGUGUAGGGGUAUAUUCUCGUUACAGGAAGGAGAAGUGGUAAAAGACUUCAAGAAAGGAGAAAAAGAAUAAUGACUAACAACAAUAACAAAAAAUCCACUCGGGAUGCCAUCAUUUUUAACUUGUUUCGUAAAUGUUAAAUGCCACAGUCUUCCCUAAAGGAUUACAUUAUGCUCCAAAACAUAAAUUCAAUCACUUCUCAGCAUACAUUGAUAUACGUUUGUUAGACAAUCUACUUUAAAAAUAUGAAAAAACAAAAUACACCUAAAAAUACACAAUGGAGAAAACAAUCAUAGGGUAAUAGCAUAUAUACAAUAAGCCCCUACGAUUAAAGGUUGCACUCACAAAAUGACUGAGAAUUCAGGCUUAUCUCAAAAAUUGUUGUUUCCACCAGACUCCAGUAUAGUGUUCAGCAAUUAAAGCCAGUCAUGUGGAAAGAAAGUGAUAAACUAUAGUGCAAUAUGAUUUAAAAUUAAAAGUACACUUUAUUGGUUACACUUACAAUGUAGAAAUUAAAUGCAAGCUCAUCAGUCAAAUCCUUAGUCCCUCGUCCAGAUGACAAAAACGCAAUAUCUGGGAUAGUCAGGAUCCAGGAACAAAACAAAUAUAAAACAGCAGCAAACACAAUAAAAUAAAAUAAAGGCUAACUGAACGCGUUUCGUCCAGUUUAACUGGACUUCCUCAGGAGUUAAAAUAAAGUGCUUUCUUGUGCAUAAAUAAAGUGUUAUAACCCUACAAUAUAGAAAAAAAACGCUUAGAAGAAAACUUGCGGGAGAUAAAACCCAACCCAAUGUAAAAAUGGUACCCAUCAGACGUAAAAGAGUACUGCCUACAACAAUGUACUACCAGACCUGCAAAUCCACUGUGCACAUGUCAUAUAUCUCAUAAUGCGACCUGCGAGUUGCCAAUGCACAUCUAAAAGACUGUACCUUACAACGUAUAUGCGACUACACAUAAACAAGGGGACCUGCGAGUCCAUGUUAAAACGUUUUAUGUUGAAAAAUCGACAAUGAAAACAUAUUUACAAAAAAGAAAAAACGCUUUUAAAUACUUUAAAAAUAUAAUAUGUAUGCUGCAGUAACCAGAAGAAACCAACAGUCAAAGCACUAUUGAAAUACCUAACCUAAGACACACCAUAAAUGAAAACCUAAAUCAACAUUUUAUCCUUUAUCUUUGAAAUCCAGCUGCCUAGACACAUUUAAAAGAUUAGAUAAAAAAAAAAAAAAAUCAAAAACAUUAAGUUUGAUCAACCCAAUCUUACAAGAAAAGAAACAGCUGCUAUGGAGAACCUUAACAAUGAUGAGAGCAUUGUGCUAAAACCUGAAGGGGAGGUUUUGUCAUUUUACCAGUCAAGAUGCACAUGAGCGAAGCUUAUGCACAACUCAACGACAAUGUAGUAUAUCAAAAACUUUUAUCAGACCCCAACCCUCAUAUAAAGAAAAGUUUAACUUAGUUUUUAGAUAUAGGAAAAUAACUGCAGAUUUUUAAAAAAAUAUAUAUUUAUAUUAAUAUUACCCACCCUACUAUUCAUGUUAUUUAAUUCUUAGCCAAAUUCAACAAAAAUAAUUUACAAAAAACACACCUCCUGGCUGCCUGAUAGUUUCUGACAUUAAUUCCAUUUUAUCUAGUCUUUUAGAAUAACUUGAUAUUCUCCUCCAGCCAUUCAUGGAAUCCUACUUAAAGGACAGUUUGAGCCUUUUACAGAUUUUAAACAAUUUUUAAUGGGAAACUGAUGACUUUUGCCAUGAUCUAGGGCAGGGGUAGGCAACCUUCAGCACUCCAGAUGUUGUGAACUACAUCUCCCACAAUGCUCUUACAGCUAUAAUGAUGGCAAAGCAUCAUGGGAGGUGUAGUCCAAAACAUCUGCAGUGCCGAAGGUUGCCUUUCCCUGAUCUAGGGCAACCUUUUGCACUCCAGAUGUUGUGGACUGCAUCCCCAAUAAUGCUCUUAAACCCAUAAUGCUGGCAAAGCAUCAUGGAAGGUGUAGUUCAAAACAUCUGGAGUGCCUAAGGUUGCCUAUGCCUGAUCUAGGGUGUUCCUCCAUCAAAAUUUUCUUGAAAAAAACAGCACUAUUCCUUCCUCACAAAGUAAUUUUAUUUUAGAGGGAAUAAACAUAAUUUAAAAAAAAAAAAUUAUUUUGGUUCUUUGAUGGCUUCUAUUUGCAAAAAAAGGGAAGUAACAUUGGAACAAAUGUUGCCCCAAACUACACCAAUCUUUCAUGGUGGAUUGGGAAGAUUGAACUAUCUGGUCGAUUGCAAAUGGAGGACAAAUUUGGUUUUAAACUAAAAAUAUGUUGAUGAUCUAAUUUUUAUUUGGAGAGGCUCAGAAAUUGAUCUUAAUGAAUAUUUUUAAUUCUUAAACAAAAAUAGCGAAGGCUUUAAAGGAUCACUAUAGGGUCAGGAACACAAACAUGUAUUCCUGACCCUAUAGUGCUAACACCAUAUGGGUGGCUUGCCCCCUUAUAAAAGUUUAAAACUCCUUAUUUCCAGCGCCGCAUGGCUCUGCUGGCUCCGGCCCCUUUGUGAUAUCAUCAAAAUGGCCAAUUUUUAGCAAAUCCAAUGCUUUCCAUUGGAUUGGCUAAAAUCGGGUAUGGGGCCAAAUGCAAUUUUGGUCAAUCAGGACCUCCUCAUAUAGAUGCAUCAAUGCCUCUCUAUUAGGAAAAUUCAGCGUCUCCUUGCAGAGCGUGAGGACGCUGAAAGGCAGGGCUACUUACUGUGCAGCCCUGAGCCAGGAAGCCCCUCCAGUGACCAUCUGAAGAGUGGCCGCUUGGAGGUGUCUCUAGGGGCAAUGUAAACACUGCCUUUUCUCUGAAAAGGCAGUGUUUACAUGAAAAUGCCUGAAGGGAACUAUUAUACUCACCAGAACAACUACAUUAAGAUGUAGUUGUUCUGGUGACUAUAGUGUCCCUUUAAAUUAAGGUCAUAUUUUAGCUAAACUAACGCCAAUUUUUUUAUACAUGUAGUUGCCACUAUUCCCCAUGGCUAAAUGUCAUGCCAAAAGACAGCUUAUUCAAUUAAAAUGAAACUGCACUGAUUUAGCAACUUAUUCCACUCCAAACACUCCAAGCACCAUAACCACUAGUUCUUACAAUAGUGUUCCCCCCUUUGUAAGUAAUAAAAAAUAUUUAGAGCACAUUCACUUCUUACCUAGGUCCCAUCGCAAGUCACUCUCUGCCUCCACGAAGAUGUCAAACAGUUCUAUAAUAAACACACUACUUACCUGGGCACUCCUGGCACCUUAACCACUACAAUGUGCUAUACUAUUAUGGUGCUUAGAGGUUUCAUUUAAGGGAUCUAAGCACAUAUUUGUCAAUGUAUAGAGCAUGCAAGUAUUUAUAAAUGUUCCAGUUAUAAUUUAUGUACUAAUAUAUUAUAUUUUGUUUUACAGGGAACCUGAUUUGGAUUUCUCUGUUUGGAUUUACUCUGUUUUUGUUUAUAGUAUUGCUUUAUGCUCAAAAACCCUAUCUUAAAAUAUACUUAAGCUACUGUAGGUGGUGAAUGUGUCAUAUAAGAAGUAAUGCCAAGAACUAUUCAGAGUUUUAUGCUUUAUGAUGUG